AUGCCAUUAGAAGAAGAAGAAUUACCAUAUUUUAAUAUAACAUUAACAGUUAAACCAUUCGUUAAAUCUGGUGUUGGAUAUAACUCAAAAAAGCCAAAUUCUUUUAUAGUGACUAAAUUCGAUAACUGGAGAAAAGCACUGGAAGGAUUUCAAAACCAUAGUGAAACAAAUUAUCACAAAACCUGUUUAUCCGAUUCUGAACAUUUUCUUAAAGUACAAAAAAAUAUUAAUGAAGACAUAUCAGUAAAACUAGACUCCAGUAGAAAGAAUCAAAUAAUGAAAAAUCGCGAACUUUUAACUCCGAUAAUCGAAGCAAUCAUUUUAUGUGGCAGGCAGAAUAUAGCAAUUAGAGGACACAGAGAUUCCGGUAAAUUAAUGAUCGACCAAACUGAUGACGAAUAUGAAAACAAUGAAGGGAAUUUUCGGGAACUUUUACGGUAUAAGGCUCGGGGUGAUGAGCAGCUUAAAUUAUUUUUAGAAAGUUUAGCAUCAUUAAUAUUAGAAAGCUUGCACAAUUUUGGUAUAGAAACAAAGUACAUGCGAGGACAAGGUUAUGACGGCGCGGCUGCAAUGUCAGGAGAAUUUAACGGCGUUCAAGCCAUAAUUCGUAAGACUCAUCCUCUUGCUCUUUAUGUGCAUUGUUCCGCACAUGUCCUUAACUUAGCUGUUUCAAACUCCUGCAAAGUACAGGAAAUAAGAAAUUGUUUGGGGACCAUUUCUAAAGCUCGGGAUUUUUUCAAUUUUCCUAAAAGAAAAGAUGUUUUAAAAACUCAAAUUGAAAAUAGUGAUGAAAAAAUCUCAAAAAAAUCAUUAAAACGUCUUUGCGCUACCCAAUGGAUUGAAAGUUACCAUGCAGUGAAUGAUUUUGAAGAGUUAUUUGAACAAGUGAUAGAAUCAUUAAACUUUAUAUCUGAGUGGAAAGAUGUUGAGACUUCUUCGCAUGCCAGUAAUCUGUGUAGUGCUAUAUUAGAAGGUGGAUUUAUUAUUUCUAUGCUUAUAGUAGCUAAAUGCUUUAGUGUUGGUCUUCCUUUAUCGAAACAUCUUCAGCGGAUUAAUCUAACCUUGGCGAAGCGAUCCAAUUAG